AUGAAAGCGUAUGAGCUGCAUCAGCGCCAGUCUUGGCUGGGCCGUUUGCCCGGGCCGGCCGGGUCGGUAUCUUCACCGAACCACUGCCUCCUGCUGCAUGGGCUAAGCAGACGACAGGCAUUGCUGUGCGCCCAGAUGCCCGGUUUGAUGGCCAGUGUCUACGCAGGGGUGGCCGCCUCCAUGGAAGCCUGCCGGAGUGAAUUCGCCUGGCACCGAUGGAACUGCACCGACCGUAGCCGGUCACUGGCGACUGUGUUGAGAAAAGGUGCGUCUUCUGGUUGGCGCACAGACAGACAGGCUGGAGAGGACUUAAUGGACAUUCUCAGACACAGACAUCUUCAGAACUAG